AUGGUUUGCGCAAAUUUCAACAAUGCGAUUGUCCUGUUCGUUAUCUUUACACUCGCCUUUCUCUCUGUCGCUCAGAGCUUGCCUCCCAUUCCUCCACCAGAGUCUGUAGCAACCACUUUACAUUUCUCAAGCGGAUCCACGGGUACUCAGACUACCAAGUCAUCGAGAACAUUAAUCACCAGUCUGGUAAUUAUUCCAGGUGGAUUCGAGCCCACUGUCACCCUUACAAUUGUGGCUCCUGCACCAACCUCCACCGUCUCUUACACUUCGACUUCAACUUCUACCUCUGUUUUGACUUUCACCUCGACUCCUAUCUCAACCUCAAAGUCUAGCACCGUCACCACCGCUUCGUCUUCCACUUCCGUUUCGAACUCGGUUCCUAUUACUGGCUCUAGCUCCACUUCCACUUCCAACACUGGUACAAAGACCAAGAGCAACCCUAGCAACACCGCAAGUCCAACUCAGAGCUUUGGACUAAAAGGCAUGGACACAGAUUGCUUCCUAAUAAAGGUUACAAUUGUUUUGGGAUUGCUUGUCAUUCUGGAAUUCUUCAUUUAA